GUGAAGCGACACGUCAACCAGACGGAAGAGUGUUUCUGUCCGAGCCGCCUGUCGCGUUACUGGGGAAAUAAGGAUCGCGGUCCCUUCAAAAUGGGUGCUUUCUAUAGUAUCUUCAACGGCCUGUUCGGCACCAGAGAGAUGAGGAUUUUAAUCCUGGGUUUGGACGGAGCAGGAAAAACCACAAUUCUGUACCGGCUACAGGUCGGAGAGGUUGUCACCACCAUUCCUACUAUCGGCUUCAACGUGGAGACCGUCACCUACAAGAAGCUGAAGUUCCAGGUCUGGGAUCUGGGAGGACAGACCAGCAUCAGGCCCUACUGGCGGUGUUACUACUCCAACACGGACGCCAUCAUCUACGUGGUGGACAGCAGCGACCGCGACAGGAUGGGCAUCUCCAAGUCGGAGCUGGUGGCCAUGCUGGAGGAGGAGGAGCUGAAGAAGGCCAUCCUGGUGGUGUUCGCCAACAAGCAGGACAUGGAGCAGGCCAUGACGCCCACCGAGGUGGCCAACGCUCUGGGGCUCCCCGCCCUCAAAGACAGGAAGUGGCAGAUCUUCAAGACGUCGGCGCUGAAGGGCCACGGGCUGGAUGAAGGGAUGGAGUGGUUGGUGGACUCCCUGAACAACCGGCAGUAAACGGCCGACACGUCCUCUGUACAUACUCCUGACCUUUGACCCCCUCCCUCCCUCUGUUUGAAGCCUUGUGACUGACCUCCCUCCCCCCCCCCAGACCAGCGAUUGCACUCCUCCUCCCACCUGAAGCCUUGAAGCCUUUUCCAGCCUGGGACUGAGAAGUGAGGCUGCAGUGACGCCCGGACCGCCUCCAGUUACAUUAUCACACAUUUAGAAGGAAGCAACGCAUAUUUGCAGCAUUUCUACAGUGAAUACUAAACCUCGGAGCUUCAGACUAUUAUUUUCCCAGAAAAACAAUCAUUUACAGGAACGCGGUUGCUGCUCCUACCCUCUGUCUUCAGGCUGUACUGAUUCUCUGCUCCUCCAUGUGUCGCUGCAGCCUGGGCUCUUUUCUACUGUUGUCAUGAAUUUCUAUUUCUCUCUGUUGAUUUGUGAUGUUUCCAAUGAUUUGGUGGUUAAAUCUUUUUUUUGUAUUAUUUUUUGCCCCCCUCCCCCAUUGAGAUCCUCCAGUGCAGCUUUGGCCUGUUAGUAGUUGAGUUACUGAACACUAACUGUACGCUCAAAGUUUUAUGGAUGCAUAUUUAUAUCAGCUUGUACAGUGAAACUGAUUCUCAGUAAAGAUUGCUCUCAGUGAUUGUA